AUGAUGGAAGGGUUUGACGAGGGCAGUCGAAAGCUGUCCCGAGGAGAGUGGCGUAACUCUACGUAUGCCGACUACGCGAAGGUUCCUCUGGAGAGUUGCCGCCCGUUAAACGAAGAGAGGCUUUUGGGCAGUAUUGAUCAAGAUGGGCUUGGGUACACAAUGGAAGACUUGACACAUCUCUUCAGUAUGCUCGUCCCAUUCGGCGGUCUUGCGGACAUCGAUGUCAAAUCUGGAGAUACUGUCAUUGUCGCCCCGGCGACAGGGAGGUAUGGGAGUGCAGCUGUCCACCUCGCCCUUGCUAUGGGCGCACACGUCAUUGCCAUCGGGCGCAAUGGGCCAGUUCUCGAGCAAAUUGCGUCCAUCAACGCUCGCGUCUCCACUGUCAAACUCACCAAUGUCGUCGAGCAGGACACUCAAAUGCUCCGCAAGGCUUGUCGGGGUUGCAUGAACGUUCUCAGGCACGGCGCUAAAGUCAACUUGGAGGGCAGCGUUUUAUCCGGUAUUAACUUUGGCUACAUGGACAUUCUAGGCCGUGGAAUUACCAUCAAAGGAACGUGGAUGUGCACUCCGGAGCAGACCGAAAGGCUCAUCAAAAUGGUAGAAACCGGAGUUCUCCCCCUUGGAAGAAAGGCCGGCAUGGGGCCAGUUCAUAAGUUUCGGCUGGAGGAUUGGGAACAAGCGUGGGAUGCCGCAGAGGAGAAAAGAGAACCGGGCGAGAUAGUCAUCAUGCCCUGA